UUGGCCAUGGGCAAGAAAAAAGUACCCAGUGAAGAUUUAAUUGUCCCACCACAGGACCAGCGUAUCUGCGGCACCAUAUGUGUCUGUCAAAUGACUUUGGUCUUGAGUUCGGUCGCCCUAGUCUAUCUAACUGUCGCCAUAUAUAUGCCAUCGACGCGAGCCUUCAAAAGCGGCAUCGAUGAGACGCCUGUCAUGUGCACCACCACCCGAGCCGUCAACAAGGAAAACUGCGAUUGGGGUUCUUGCGGUGAAUGGUGUUUGAGCAAAACGUCCGGAGCCUGCAUCCAAAUCUAUGUCAAUCUGCGCAACAAUGGCACCAACCUCACGUUCCAGAACUGCACGAAUUCGGCCAACAAAACGUGCUAUGGCAUCGAUCAGGAUCGGGCCGAUAAGGCUCGCUGCAUCAAUGACGAGUGUAAAAAUCUCACCGGCACCUUCAACUGCACUGCCGGCCAGUGUCUCAAUAUAACCGACGCCUUCGAGUGUGUCUUCAAGAACACAGAUUCGCCGGUGAAAUGUUCCGGGCGUCGUGGGAAAAUCAAUUGCAUGGACAUCACUGGCCUCUAUUCGUGUACACGGGGAACGUGUCGCAAAAUCCGCACCCCCUACAACUGUGAUCGCCGCUGCCUGGACAUUCCAACACGCAACAAGAACGUUGUCAUACUCAGCGGUGACAAAGUCUAUAUGUCCCGCUGCCAGAAUGCCAUUAAUCUUGACACUGGCGAAGAGGUGUGGAACGAGACGGAGGACAAUGUCGUCAUGGCUUCCUGCUACUACAUUAACAAUGCUGCCGACCGUAUCGAUGCCAUUGACAAAAUGGAUGCCGUGGACUGUAUCAAUGGCUCGACGCUGGACAAAAGUAUGCUCACAGAUCUGACGAACUUCACGUACCUGAGUCAUUUGCAUGUAUCGGUGGCCACUCUGAUACCGGAAAUUGCUCCGCCCGACAUUGAUUUGACCAUAUCGAAUGAGUCGAAGCUUAUGAUCAAUCUCGAGGGCUGUGUCAAUACGCUGAUGGAUGAAUGCAAGGAAUUCCUUAAGGAUUUUGGCCGAGAUGGCAGUGAUCAUAAUGCCCGGGCACGUUUUCCAUGUUUUUACGCGCCGCAGAAGAAGGAAAUUGUGGUGGCACGUUUCGAUUUGGAGGUUACCUAUCGUCAAUUUUUAAUCGCCUCCGUGAUACCGUCAGUGUUGUUUGUGGUCUCGUGUCUGGUGCUGUUGCUAUGUCAGAAGACCGUCUAUGUGGGUGAUGAUGCCAAGAUGCGUUUCAAGGGUUGCGUCGAUACGGAUACGAUUUUGUCGAAAAAUGCCUUGGAUCAGAAUCAGGAUGAUAAUGGUGCCGGUGGAGGUGGCGAUGAGGUUAUGGCUCUAUGAGAUCCGUCACGCAUUCCUCUACUACAAGAAGACAGUCCAGUUCAUCAGCCCGGCAUAUUUGCAUUGCAAUAAAAUUUAUUUACUAAUUCGUCAAUAAAAACAAUAAUAAGUUCAAAACAAUUCAAAGAA